AUGAAAGAAAUCCAGCUGCUCUGCUACGUGAUCCCAAUGGGGAUGUGCUCAGGGUUCCCACCAACCCUCCCCCCAAUCCCAGCUCAACCAUUCUGGGAACACCAUAUCGACAAGGGCCGCAUCUAUCCACCCCCACAGGCCCCCAAAAACCAUGGCCCCCAAACCUCGGCCUCAUCCCCACUCUCUAUUGUGUGCGUGGGUAGUAGCUCAGUCAGGCUAUUGUCUGGUCCAGCUCCCCAGCAAGUACUUUAUGCACAAACAGACGACACAGCGGCGCUAGCCAGGCAGCUCCAACAUAAAGAAAACAAUGUCCUCCCAGGAUCAUUCAUAAACACCCCGAGCAACCCCAGCAGGCUCACAGUAAAUAAGGGCCCUCCCUCUGCAACACUGUGGCCACCUCACACUGUAAACAUCCCCAGCAGCAGGCCUCAGAACACUCGCUGGCACCAGCUUCUCACAUCUGCCUGA